CAGUUAGGUAGGUAAACUACUGGCCUAGUUCUGAUCCUACUCGAAUUACAUUUUUGGCUAGGAUUUCUUGACCUCGAAUUUUUUUACGCGCGCGGAACGGUAAUUAAAGCGAUGUCCUUGGUCACAAGUUAUGGCGUAAACAAGAAGAAUUUCAAUUCAAGUCGAAAAUUGUUGGUCAAAAUCAAGCCCAGAAAAGGAAAAUGCUGGUUUACGACGGUAAUUACACAGAGUUUCAACAGAUAACCUUCCUUGGCGUAAGCUUUUCUGAAUCACUUGGUAAAUCUGGUGCAGAAUCGAGGAUUUGAUCAGUGACUGCGUUUCCAAGUUACUAUGAAAGUAUUGGGUCAAUUAAAGCUCUAUUUUACGAGAUUCUUAGCUCUUCUUGCCGGCACACAUCAUGGUGAGAUAAGCAAAACAAUCUUGUGCGUUACUACAGCUCUGUAUCUUGCAUGCCAAAUCGUUGUGGUUCUAAACAGAGAUCAAUGUAGCGCCAAAGUCUUAGCUGAACUCUCACGGGCUAAUGAAAGAUUACACCGUGUUGAAUCCACAUUGGAAACUCUCGAACAUACUGUCGUUGGAUUGCUGAAAGACAAGGGACGAACGCGAGGGAUAGUUGAACGUGUUGUACGCUCAACGCAUGGAAGAGCAGGACGACAAGCGACGAGGAGAAGUCGAAAUGAGAUACGAUAUUUAAAAAGAAAGAUGAAAUCCCUAGAGAAACGUCUUCUUCUUUCGCUCAACAAAACGAACGACAGUGAAGGACGACGAUGUAUACAUUUGGAUAUGAGACCAGCAAAAGACAAAAUAAAGAAUAAUAUGGGAACAAAAGAACCGAAAACCCCGAAACAAGAGGCCUCGGGACGGGACAAUCAAAGUGACAGCAGCAAAAGCAGCAGCAGCGGUAAACAAGCCGAUCAAAGAAAGAAACAAACGACUAAGAGAAAAACCAGUCGUAGAAAUACAGUGUUCACGCGCUGGGGAAGAACGCAGUGUCGGACGAGCAACAAAUCACGUACUUCUCUUGUUUACUCAGGUCGUGUAGCUGCAUCUCAUUAUACACACAAGGGAGGAGGAUCCAACUACUUGUGCUUGCCAGAAAGAGCAUUAUACACUAACCAGGGGAACAUCAGUGAAGACCAAAGUGCGCACCUCUAUCCUGUUAAAUACGGCAAAGUUAUGAACACAUUUUACAAAUUUUCGCCAAACGUAUUAAAAAAUUUUUCUCCAGCUGACCAGAAAAGAUUAACCGCUUCAUUUGACUUUAUGGACGUUCCGUGCGCCGUAUGUCGAGUAGACGGUGCGACGUCGGUACUGAUGAUACCCGCACGUAAUGUCUGUCCACGGACUGGGGACCGACAGUACCAUGGUUAUUUGAUGUCCCAGAAACACGAUUACGGGAAGUCAGAAUUUAUAUGUGUUGAUGUUGAAGCCGAAGGAAUACCAAACACGCGCAACCCUAACGGAGAUGCUUUUCUACAUUUGACUGAAUUCAAGUGCGGUUCACCGUCGUGUAGAGGUUACCAACAGCACAAGGCCCUAUCAUGUUCUGUCUGCACCGAGUGAUCAGAGCUAGCGCAAAAGGUGGACCCUCCCUACAUUUUCCAUCGAAAAGCCUGCAGCUGAUUUUGCGGAUAUUAAGAAACAAUUCCGCGCAACGAUCAUUUUAUUUAACCAUGAAAUAUUCUUUAAAACUAUAUCACUGACAAUUACCCCUAUUUUACGAAAAUAUGACGUCAUGGUGACGUUAGAGAAGCCAUCAGACGAUACACACGGGGUUCUAACCGCCAUGCACUUCGAAGGUCAGAUCCAGUGUUCUCCCGGACAUUGGCUGACGGUAAGAGCCUGGGUAUCAGUGCUUAAGAAGAAACUAAAAAAGUCAGAACAAGAUAUUGUAUAUCACUGAUGUAUAUUUUUGUGGUACUUGUUUGCGAGAAAGGCUUAACUUAUGUUUGGAAAGCUAGGGGUUUAAAAUUCUUUAAAAGUUUUUGGCCUGGCGUUUUAAGAUUACGCUGAAAAGGUUGGAAAUUUUUUGUGAAGCUUUUAUAUUCAACAGAACGAACAUGUAUAACAAAUAAAAUCAAGAUUCACUUCGAUAGUAACAAGGCUGUAAGAUAGGAAGUAUUGUAAGACAUGGUGUAUAUGAAAGCAAAUAAAAGUAUCAAGGCUGCAA